CGCCCGACACUUCAGUCGGACGGUGGCCCGGGAUCAGACAGUGUCUCAGGCAGCAAGCCUGAGACGCCCCCCAGCCCGCCAUGGCCCGGCUGCUCCGGGCAUCCUGCCUUUUGUCCCUGCUCCUGGCCGGCUUCGUCCCGCCGAGCCAGGGGCAGGAGAAGUCGAAGACGGACUGCUACCCUAAGGUGAGCGGUACCAUCUAUGAGUAUGGAGCCCUCACCCUCAACGGGGAGGAGUACAUCCCCUUCAAGCAGUACACUGGCAAAUACAUCCUCUUCGUCAACGUGGCCAGCUACUGAGGCCUGACGAGCCAGUACAUUGAACUGAAUGCACUACAGGAAGAGCUCGCCCCAUUUGGUCUAGUCAUUCUGGGCUUCCCCUCCAACCAAUUUGGACUACAGGAGCCGGGAGAGAACUCGGAGAUCCUACCUUCCCUCAAGCAUGUCCGACCAGGUGGGGGCUACGUCCCCAACUUCCAACUCUUUGAGAAAGGAGAUGUGAACGGGGAGAAAGAGCAAAAGGUCUACACGUUCCUGAAGAAUUCCUGUCCUCCCACCGCGGAGCUGCUGGGAGACCCUAAACGCCUCUUCUGGGAGCCCAUGAAGUCCCAUGACAUCCGCUGGAACUUCGAGAAGUUCCUGGUGGGGCCGGACGGUAAACCCAUCAUGCGCUGGUACCACCGGACCACGGUCAGCAACGUCAAGAUGGACAUCCUGGCCUACAUGAAGCGGCACGCAGCCCUGGCGCUGAGGGGGAAGUAACAGGCCUGCCCCGCCCCACACCCACCCUGCGGGGCCGGGGAGGGCCUCUGGUCGGGAAGGAGUCUGCUCCUCCAUCCACACCACACUCCCAGCCUAGACCCCUUCCUAUCAUACAGGGCCCCAGCCUGACAGAAGCGUGCGUACAAUGUGUCUGUACUGCUGUGCAGGUGGGUGUUUGCCCACGUGCCUACAGGUGUGUGACCAUGUGUGCCCCCAGCUGUGUGCUGUGGAGAGUGCUAGAGAGUGACACUCCUCUCUCCAGGGAUAGCACACUUUCAGCUGAGCCCAAAGAAAAAAACAGCUCCAGACCCAAUUAUUUCGCUCUGCCUGGACCUCAGCUUCAGGGCCAGCAUCUCCCACGGCCUCUAAAUACCACCACUGAAGUGCCCGAGGUUUCUGGGUCUACCACACUGCCCAGCCUCCCUCCUUCCUGAAGGGCCCUCCCAAGCCCCCCACCCCACCCCACCGCGCUCCCUGAGCAGCCACGGCAGGCGUGAGGGCGAGGCACAUUCCCGCGUCAGGAGUGGUGUCUCCAUGAAGGAGGGGCCCGAAGCCCUUGUGGGCGGACCUCCCCUGAGCCUGUCCGCAGGGCCAGCCCUUAGUGCAUUCAGGCUGAAGCCCACGGGCAGGGAUGCCACCCCUGCCACUUCGGACAACGUGCCCUCCCCCUCCCCCCUGACCCACGGCAUGAGACUCGCCCCUGUGUGUCCAGUAAAGGCCUUUCUGCAGCA